AUGAGCUACCUGGGUCUGCCCGACAACCACCGCACGACCAGACGACUGUCUGUGGCUCCUCGAGACCACUCGGACCAUGCGCCGUCACCCGUGACACGUAAGAUCGAUGAGCUGUGUCGAAAGGUGGACUACGAGUGGCCCGAGCUGGGUCGAGACAAUGCCAACAUCCUCGAGGUGUCGCUUUCGUUGAUGGACACGUCUUCAAUUGGAAAGGCCCGUUUCUCCAAGGACUACGAAAAACUCACCUCGGACAUCAGCAACGUGCUCAAGGACGUGGUGAACGAUAACUAUCAGGGGUUCAACUCCUCGGUAGGCUCCUACAGAUCUAUCGCGCAGAGCAUCGCCGAGUCGCAUGACAAUGUGCGGCAGCUCAAACAGCAGCUAGUGGAGAGCAAAAGUGCGCUGUCCCGAAACAAGCCCAUUCUCAAGGAGUUGGGCGCUACGUCACAGCGAUACAAGCAGAUGAUUCAGAUUCUGGAAAAGAUCAAGGAUCUCAAGGCUGUUCCCGACAAGCUCGACACAGAAAUCUCCAAGAAGCAGUUUCUCUCGGCACAAGAAACCCUCCACAGCGCCCUCAGAUUCCUCGAUGACGACGGACUAGCGUCAAUCUCCUCAUUGGAGGGUCUCAAAACCUACCUUCUUGCCCAGGAGUCGACCAUCUUUGCACACCUCGUCGAGGAGCUGCAUUCUCAUCUGUAUCUCAAAUCUCCCUACUGCGACCGACGAUGGGUGGGCAACAUUUCAAACCUCAGUUCACAAUCUCUGACAGGAGCAAGAUCCGUUGGCGAUAUCGAACAGGUCAUCAUGGACAAGUUGGAUCACGAAAUCAGCAAGGGUGGAAAGGCAACCAUGACUUUCUCUGGCUCCGAGGAACUGCGUGACUUCCUGUCUGACCUGGCAGAACACAAAGACCAACCUUUUGAAGAGAGCACAACUUCUCAGAUGGCUAACCCCGAGCAAAACUCGUUCAUCUACAUCCAACUGAUUCUCGAGACAGUCAAUAACCUCAAUCGUCUUCCGUCACUGUUUGAAAUUGUUGACCAACGUCUGCCUAUCGAGAUCCACAAGCUCGUCGACAAGACAGUGCAGGAAGUUGCCGCGCGAUUCCCCAAAUCGUUACGUGACUUGCAAGAGUAUGGCGGUGACAACACGGAGGAGCGAGGCAACUCCAACAACCCUUCUGCCACAGGCUACCUGUCUGACUUCUUUGGCCCUAUCAAUGGUGAUAUCGGGCUGAAUGUGCUCAAGGACCUGGUCUGGACGCUGUAUUCUAAGCUCUCCGCAUGCCUUGAGGGUCACCGUGCAUUCUACGAGGUGUCCAAGGCCAUUACUAACAGACACGAUGGACACAAAAAGACUCUGGAGUACAAUUUUCUCGGAGUGUGGCAGACUAUGGAAUCCGAGGUCAAGAUGCUACUCCGAUCUUACAUCACAGAUGCAUCCAACAUCUCCGCACCAAACAGAUUGGACUUUGACAUUCCGGCGCCAUUUAGACCCAUGACCAAGCGAAGCAGUAGCACUCGAAAGCCCCUGUUCAAGCUUGAUAACCCCGGAGGAAUCCCUGAUGAGUUCAAUCAGGAGAAUGAUAUUCUGAGAGGCGUCCUGGAACACUCUGUGCCUGGUUUGGCAUCUGCAUCUGGCAAUGCCCUGCAUUCUACAUCUCGAAAUGCAGGCUCUCCAUUCGUCACUGUGGACACUGCUCUCAGUCACGAGAUGCUCACUCCACCCAACGUCUUCAACGUUCGUGCUUUCCUUGAUCCCACUCUUCUUUUCAUGCAGAAAGUGCAGAACAUCUUCCCCGACCCCAAGGUCACUGGAAUCAGCCAUCCUCGACAGUUUCUGGACGAGUUCCUCAGCUCAGUGUUCCUGCCUCAACUCGAGGACUCGUUGGAGAACGCCUUUUCAGCCACUGUGGAGUCGAACGAGGCUUUCCAGAUCACGGAUGGCCUCUCUUCGAAGCUGGCUGCCCCCAUUUUCAAGUCGGCUGAGGCAUUCUCUACGUUGGUCUUCCAGCUCUGUCGACUUCUCAACACCUCUUCUCUGUACCGUGAGAAGUAUACGUCGUUAAUCCUGUCCCUGAUCUCCAAGUUUGUCGCAAGAUACAAAAUCUACUUCCAGACCCUAAUCUCAUGGGCUGACUCCGAUAAGGACCAGAGCAAGAUCCGUCUAUGUGCCAGAUGGGCGGAAGAGCCCAAGCUGCGAACCAUUUCCACUGAGAUUGUUCGAAAUUCGCUCGACACUAAUCAGCUCAUCGACGAGGAGACCACCAUACUGCUCAAAUUGCAGGGCGGACUCCGAAAGAUCCAGAUCCCUAUCACUAAACAGGACACUCUGGAUCCCAAGUCCUUCCGUGCAAUGUGCACCCUGGUGUCUUCCCUGGAAUGGUCUCUUGAGCAGCUCGAGUCUCUACGAAACGUCGUCACCGAAACUCCCCCUACUUCUGCUUCUGGCGACUCUAUGGCUGCUUCUGGUGAGCUUCGAAAGCGAUGGACCCUUACAGAUGCAUCAAAGCUUGUAUCUUCGUCCAGCGAGUCUGUUUCUGGACUCGUCAAGCUCACUUUGGCUGGUCAGGCAGUUGACGAGUUCGACAGGACGAUGAAGGAGUACAAGUCUCUCUCAUCUCAGUGUCUUGUCACUCUCCGGUGUGACAUUCGUGUCCGAGUCAUGCACUACAUUGAGCAGGCUAUGAUCAACGGAGACUACUACCUAGACCAUCCACUUGAUGAGCGAGACACGUUUGUCAGCCAAUUGGAUGCUGACAUUCUGCAGUGCGACGAGUGCAUGUCUGGUCUUCUUAACCCUAACUUCAGACACGCGGUUCUCAAGGGAGUGUCCAAGUACAUUGACAAUGUCUUUGUGGCGUCCACUCAGUCCCUGCAUGCUCUCAACGCCAAUGGUGUGGCUAAGCUGCUCUACAACAUCCACAUUAUCCAGCAGAUGCUCAAGUCCAUCAUGGAGUCUCCACAGCAGAUCACGUUCUCGUCGUCUCUCAAAUACUAUGAGCUGUUUGAUCUCGAUGCAGACACCAUUCUGGCCGAGGUGAAGGAAGGAAAGUUGAAACAGUUCUCUACCGAGGAUCUGCGAACGCUCAUCAAGCUCAAGUUUAACGAUGUCAUUCAUCAGCACGAGCGGCUUGACCGGCACGAGGCUGUUUCUUCGGCUCGAACACAGCUUCAGUCUGCUCUGACCAAGCUGAACGAAACCAAGUUCAACGACGCCAAGAAACAGGCUGUUCCUUCUCUUCCCCCUCGACAAGAGCCCUCUGCAUGA